UUUCGACCACGCGGCCAAGGAAGAGACAGACAGCAUGGCGUUCAACCUCUUUGCCCCGGCCGAGACGAUCAACUACGACUUCGUCGCGGGCAUGUACGGCCUCUUCACGCUCCUCGCGAUCGUGCUCUAUGUGCUGCAGCACUACACGGACGCGGUCGAAGGCUUCUACAUCGUCAUGGCCCCGUUCGCGCCGUGCCUGCUCUGGAGCCUCGUUGUGCGCCGCAACUGGCUGCGCCUCGAGAAGGCCAAGACCGACUAACCGUCCACGCUUUUGUAAUCGAUGCUUGCUAUAUACUAUCCAAA